AGGGAACAGCGAAAUGACCAGUAUGAAGAGUACCGCGGUACCAGAAGACAUACAAUCCCUGUACAACCUGUCCCGCCUUCACCACGACUACAUACUGGAGCACCGCCACUGGCUGCUGGAGCUGGAAACCAACCUCGGCGAGGAACGCCAGAAACGCUUGAAUCUGACCUGUAGGGCUGACAAGGAUCUCGUCACGCAAUAUCGGAAAAUAAUCCAGCUGGAUCUAGCCCUCAGGAAUUUAAAACAAACGAUCAGAAACGAGUUAGAAGAGAGCAAGAAACAUAUUAAAAAGGUAGAAAAUGAGACAGCGCAACUACGGAGGUUGUAUUUCGAAGAGGAGAAAGUCCACAAAAACGCCUCCUCGGACUUUGAAAGCGUCAUUUUGGAGCAGCAGAAACAGAUCGCGGCACUCGAGCAGUUGCUGUAUGACAUUGGGGAGGAACUUAGCAAAGAAAUCGAAACGAAGGGAUUAAAGAGUAAGUUUAACGCUAUAAACGAGGUCUUACCACCAACGACGACGACGCAGCCACCGCCCCUGCUGAAUCCUAGUCAGAACGCGCAUGUGGCAGCACACAGCGGCAACGGAUUGCCUUCAGUGAAUCGUCAGACAGAGCAAGCGCUGCGCUUAACCAAUCUCCAAAAAUCUCUUCUAGAGGAACGCGCAAGGCGCAUCAAUUUAACUCUGAUCGUUCAAAAGCAAGAACAGCGCAUCAUACAGCUAGAAAACUACAUUUCUAAAUCCAAACCAAGAUUUUCGUUCAGAAACAAUUUUCGCUUUCUUGAUUCUCAGCCGAACAUCAACAGACCUGGAAAAGGGGAUCACGUGAAAUGUGUCCAGCAAGAGAACCGUAUUGACCAACUGGAAGCAGUGUUAGCGGCCGAAAAAAGCAGCCAUGAAUCAAAGAGUAAACAGUUGGCAGAAUUGUCCAAAGCCUUGACAAGAGAAGUAGAGCAGCGAUCCAGAGCUGAAGAACAAUUUCAGUCAGCUUUGCAAGAGUUGAACAAGCACAAAUUCGUGGAUGUGUAUGCUGAAGGAAUGGGGCUAGACGAUACACAGGGUCUCACCAAACAAGCUUUUGCAAAAGUUAACGGAAGGAUGUACUCCAACCGCUUCAACCGCGGGUUCAACUUUCUGGUCCUUAACGGCACCUCAGGGGCCAAAAUGGCGCACGUGUGCUUCGAUCCCUUUGGCAAACCAGACGACGACAACGCAGUGUUCCACUACGUGAAAAAUAGUAUACCAUUUGGUGCUAUAGUGGUGGUGUUUACCUUUGAUGAAGCUUCUAAAAAUUCGGUAAUGGCCAAGGAGGCGUUAAAAAUGCUUGGAGCGUCCGAUGUGAAUCUGGCUUACAGAGAUGCUUUUGCCAUGCUGGGGUUCAGGGGUCACUACAAACCCCACUGGGUCCAGCAAAGCCUGGCCAAGAGACACCAUGGUCCAGCGGUGGUCAACUCCAGGAUACCGCUCAUCUACUAGCCUACUGGUCUACUGGCCAGGGAGUCGUUAGUUUACUGUACGAGGACUAAUGGUACUUCUUACCCGAGAACAGUUUUUCAUGUAUCACCUAUGGGAAUAAGAACUCGGAAAGUGAAUUUGCGUCAUCGUCUAUGCGAAUAAGAACGCGCAGAACAAAAUUGCAUCAUCACCUACGCGGUUAAGGCCCCAGAGAACAAAUGUGCAUGUAUCAUCUAUGCGAACAAGAAUGUUAACGGUACUUUGCUACAGAACCAUGUUGAUUUUCUUUCGCUGAAUGCACAGUUCCAAUUAUUUCUGCUCCUCAAAGAGGUGAUUGCAUUGCAUCAGAUGUGCGGCACAUUGCAGCACAAUUUUAGUUCGUGCAGGACGGAUUCAAUAUAUCAGUAAAGUAAAUGCAUCAGUUGCGACUGCGCUGGAUUGCGCGUGUGGCUAAGAACCACAAUGACAAUCUUUGAAAUUUUCUGAAAUAAAAUAUGAACACAAACAUAAAUGACAGAGAAUGUGGAGAAUACGUCUAAAAUUUUAAAUAUUUAUUUCUCAUGAAGCUGAAGCCUCAAAGCAAUUUUUUUAAUUUAAAAAAGCAUUCCAAAGGUGUAAAGUUAA